AUGCGAGCUAUACUUCUGGUCAGUAGUCGCCUCACAUCGAGCGUGGUUCAAGGAAGUGCUUACGAACAGGAUAUCAGUGGCAAGGAGAACGAAAUUUCUCAAGCGGAUCAAGCUCUUGUCGGUGCAUUGACUCAGUUGACUGCGGCCGAACAUACUGUCAUCGAAAAAGAACAUGCCGUUAACAGUGCUGAUCAGAGUGUUCGCGAUGCCGAAGAAGACGUUGAAAAGGCGAGAAAGUGUCGGGGCAAACGAAGCUGGUUCGGCAAAAUCACUCGUCCCCUUGUUCGACCGAUCGAGAAAGUGGUAAAAGAAGUUAUUAUCAAGCCCGUGUGUUCGGUUAUCAACGAGGGCGGCAUUGAUAAUGCGAAGAAACGACGGAAUGAAGCUGUCAGUCAGUUGAACAGUGUUCGAGUUCAAGCAGAGCACUAUCCUUUACAUAAAUGCAAAGGUGAAAUCAUUCCACAAAAUCGCGCAAUACACUCGACGUAA